CCCGCCCAGCCCACCCUCUGCAUUUUUUUGCUGCGGAGCGAGCGCCCGCCCGGUCGGGGUUCUGCUGGUGGUCCCGCUCCGGAGCAGAAGCGAGGAGAGCGAGCUGCACCGGUCGAAAGCGGCUUGUGCCCGCAUUCUCGUGUGAAGGAAUGCCAUACGCCAUAGCCAAUGAUGAGAGGGGCUGAGGUGCAAAGGCAGCAGCAGCAGCCGUGACCCCCCCCCCAAAGAAAUCAUUAUUAUUUUGAUUUCAAAAGAGAAAAAUCGAUCCGGCGAAAAAGAGCGCGCAAGAUCCCGCUCGCUUCUCCACCAUGGGAGAGCAUCGGAGCAAAUGGCAAAGGUUUUUGACACCUGUUACGGAACAAGUUUCUCUUCGAACAAAAGAAGGUGGGUGGCUAUACCAAGAAAGAACUUGAGGAGACCCCUGUUCCCCUCCUACUCUUUAGGAAAAGAAAGUAUUAUGUGUAUGACGUUUCUGAGUUGCUGAACAUCCUUGGCAAGUGUGUCUCUAUGUAACUAUAACUCUUCUGUGCAGUGAACCAAAAAGGAUGGCGCCAUUAAACCUCAAGAGCCUGACUGAAUGUAAGACGAAAGCACUCUAUUGUGCCUGGAAAGGACAGCUGUUUAUUCAGGACCAGCAAGUGUGUGACAUUGCCCUUCAGUCACCAUUUAGUGGCUCCAUUCCAGCACAGUUGCCAGCCAGACUAGAGAUCAGAAAUGCUGUACGUGUAUCUGAGUUGAGAAAAAAAUUGCCCGAAGCUGCGUUUGGAAAAAGCAAUUAUGCAAACAAUGAAGUCCACUGUCAAGGCAUUUUGUUCAGUUUAUAUGAAGUAGAAAUACUAAAUCAAGAUAAACUGAAAGUGGAUCAACUAAUAGAGAGUGUGAAAGAAAAAGAUCUGGCGCUCAUCAAAUAUCUAAAUGACCGAGGGAUUCUCAUCUUGCUUGCAUCUUCUGCCUUAUUGAAAGAGAAAGGUUCUGAUCCAGAUGACUCCACAUGUCUUCAAGCCUUGUUCUUAAUCUCCUCCCCAAAACCGAUGGCUUUAAUGGCAAAAGACUGGAAAUGUGAGCACAGGGGACAUGCAAGUCCUCCACAAGUCACUUUGGCACUGCCAGCCCUUCGCUACGCACUGGUGGAAGCAGCCAAACGUGCUGAUGAGGCGGGAGCCCUUUUGAGUGCUCUGGUUAAGUCGCAUAUCCAAGACUUUGCAAAGCUCGAUAAAGAUGCACUGCCGGCCUCUGGCCAACUUGACAGCCUGCCCCUCUCUUUUGACCUGUUCCUAAAGAAGUCUGACCUUGAGGCUGUUUCUGAAAAGUGCCCCCCAGACGGUUUCUCUCUCCUGCGACUCUACUUCUCGGAUCCCAGUAGCUAUACUUUGGAGACGUCCGUGGCCACCUCUUCUUUGGGGGAUGACCCUCCACCUCCCAGCAGCAGUGAGGCUGCUUGUGAUGCUGGCAGUUCUUCAGGUUUCCAUUCUGGCUCUCUGCCUCCUGAUGAACUCAUGGAAAUGGCUAGAACCCGGAGUGCCGCGCAGGGACAUCUGUGUAGCAAGGAUGCUUCCGUGAAGAGCAGCUGGACGGGAGACCAGUCUUUGCUGUGGAGUAAGAGGAAAUCCAGCAGGCUCCUUGAGGCAGGCUCGAGGAAGCAGUGGCCCCAUAUGAAAGUCCGAAACGUCUUAGACAGCAACAAAAAGUGGAAGAAGAAGAAGAAGAAAACUCUCUCCCCACCGUCUUCCAGAAGUCUGAGGUCCCCAACGGAUUCUGAUGAACCCACCCUUAAGUUAAAAAAUCUCCAGUAUCCCCUCAGAAGGAAGAGAGGUGCUGAGGUUUUGUCUGCAGAAUUUGUACAGAGCGCGAAGAGUGAGUUGGCUGCAAAAGCAGCGUUGGCUUCUGAGGGCUUUGGUGUGGAAGGCAAAAAGCCCCGGGUCUUUAAAAAACACGUGAAGCACUUGGAUGGAGGGAAGGUUGAGGAAAAGAGAAACAAGAAGAAGCAAAUCAAGAAGAAAAGCGCCAGUCUGGAUGGAAUCCCGUUGGAAGGUCGGCGGGAGGCUAGCAAUGAGGGCAGUCCUUUCAGUGAAAGAACUGCCACUCAGGAGGCUUGUCUGUCUCCCAGAAAGGAUGACUACGAUUCCCAUGCCUUGAACAUGUUGGCCGAUCUAGCCCUGAGCUCUUGCAAUUCUCCACUGAUGGAGGACAACAACAACAACAACAGAACUGGCUUGCUCAGCAACCCAAAACGAGAGCACCGUCGCCUGCAAAGGAGGAAGGUUUUGUGCAAGUCUUCGGACCACGAAUAUCACCGAAUCACCAAAAAGCUGAAGGGCACUUCUGCUCCCCACUCCCCGUUGUCUCCCAGGCAGCCUGAUCAAAGUGCAGACUCCCCUUCCAGCUCUCUCUCGAGAGGCUGUGUGAGUUCUGGCAAAAGGGCCGGCACCAGACCCAGUCUGACCAAGACCCCUGUGGUUCUUCCCAAGCAGACUGGGGACCUUUUGGACUUGAGCACACCCUCUUUCAUUUCCUCUGAGCACUCAUACGCCUCUCCAGUGUUGGACUCUUCGAAAGAACAGCCACUUUUGAAAGGGGUGCCAGCUUCUCCCAACUCUAAGAAUGGGGUGAAAAAUGCUAAACCAAGGCCCCUGGUUGGCAAAGUGUUACCUUUCCGGCACCAGCAGAACAUCUGUCAUCCGCAGAAGCCGUUUAAGUACCACGUCCCAGUCAUCCGCUCUGACGUCCUGGCUCAGCGGUUGAAGGAAGACUACAAGUUCCGUCAAGUGACUUUUGGCGACAAAACUGUUAAAGUGACUUGCCGGUGGGAGGCAGAAUACCUUUUCAGCCUAGAUAGCAGAUACACAAAUAAUUCUUUAGAGAAAACGGUGGUCCGGGCUAUUCACGGGCCGUGGGACACCAACCUGACCGAUGAUGUGGAAGAAAUGAAGCUCAUCCUUCAUAUGUGGGUGGCUCUGUUUUAUAGUAAGCCAGUCAGAUCCCCGACCGUAAGGAAAGUGGUUGAACACAGUAACCCUGCCAAAUACGUCUCCCUGAACAGCAUUGUGGACCCCUUGACGCUAAUAGAUGAGGGAUCGUACAGUUUGGAGAAAUGCCCAGCAGAUUCUCUCUCCGAGGCUAACCAGAUGGCCAGUGAUGUUGAAGAGAUGGCAUGUUCUCCUUCUGAGAAGCCUCUUUCAUGCAACGAACUAUCCUCUACCAACUGCAUAGAAGAUGAGGCUCCCCUUGUUAACCCCGAGGAACCCAGUGAUCUGCCUUUGGAAGAUGAACAGGUCGGCAUGACCACCAGCAAUUCUGAAGAUACCAUUCCUUCCUUUGCUAAGGUGCCUGGAGGAGAACCUGCCGAAGAGGUCUUGAUAGAUCCUGUCGUCUCUGCCAAUAGCCAGAACAGCAACUCAACAGAGGAGCACAGUGCUGGAUGCUCAGUGCUGGAGGCUGAGGUGGAUAGAAGUCAUGUGGAGACAGAAGCAGAUCAAGCGGUUAACUUAGUGGAAGUUUCCCAAAGUGAUUCAGCAUGCAUGUGCACUGCGUUUCUGGAGGAUUCAACAGACAAACAGCCUGUAGCAGGCACCGAGACUACCAUUUCUGUAGAGAAUCAGGAAAUCAGCAAUGCAUCUUCUUAUAUGGAGGAGGUGGAAGAGAGCUACCAGCCUGGUGAGGCCAAAUCACUAUCUACAUCCAAAGCACUGUGGCUAGAAGCAGAUGCUCCAUGUAGAGAAGAUGAUAGUCCAUGCAGAGAAGGGAGGGACCUGCCAGGUCUCUCCAUGGGUGAAGAGGAGGAGGAUGUGGAUGUAGAUGGAGAGAGCAUGGAGUUGGCAUCAAUUGACCUCGCUCUUUCAGAGAGCAAUGAUACGGACUUGGAACCUCGAGAUAUGGACCUUGAUCCAGAGAGCGAAGAAUUUCCUGAAGAAGGCUGCGUGACUGAAGAGAAAGAAACAGCCGGUGUGUCCAGCGUGGCAUCAUCCUCUGAUGACAGUCUAUUCACUUUGAUAACAUCACAAGCUGUAGUUCCUGUUCAGCAGACAGUUCCCAAAGCAGUAGAAGAGUUGCUUGGGAGCCAAGCUGACGCUGUAGAAUUGACCCCCAAUUCCCCCUCUGAACACCAAACUGAUUUGAUCGAGGGUUUCUCCAGUUUGCAGGAGGACACGCAGGCUGACUCUGUUCUUCCACAAACUAGCCCUCUGCAUCAAACGACCCUUGACGAAGAAACUGAACUGCCAAAGAUUGAAGAGUCUGUUGCAGCAGCCGAGCACUGCAUAUCUCCAAACCAGAUGGAUUGGGCUGAAGGUUCCUGUGUCUCCCAGGAAGAUCAAGGAAACAACGUGGCAGAUUCACCUUCUGAACUGAAUGAAGUUCAAAAUGACACGGCCACUCAAGCGGAAUCUGUAGAGAGCAAAGAAGAGCCCCUUGCUUUAGAGCAGCAUUUCACAUUUCCGUACUCAGUUGGCUUGUUUGAUGUUUCCUCUAUUUCUGAGCAAGGCAAAGGAGUAUCAAACCUGGCGGAAUCAAACCUGACAGAUUCAGACUUGCAGCAUGCUAGUCCUGUCUGUCAAACAAUUCCUGAAGAAGUAACAGACUUGCCAGGGAACCAGGAGGAUUCUGAGGUGUCAACUAAGCCUCCUGCAUCUCCAAAUCUAGUGAGUUUGAUUGAAGAUAUUUCCCUGGAGGACUUUCACCUGGCUGAUUCAGCACCAUUGCAAACUUGUGAACUGUCGCAAAUACAAGACAGUGUCGCAACUGAAACAGAAUCAAUAGGGAACCAAAAAGGUUCUGUUGUGUCAGCCAGAUACCUUGCACCUUCAGAACAAAUGGAUGUGGUUGAAAGUUGUUCCAUUUCCCAGGAAGAGGAAGUAAUCCACCUGACUGAGGCAACUCCUUUGCAAGCCGAUGAAUCACACCAAGCACAAAACAAUACAGUCACUCAAGAGGAGGAGAAGGCCAGAGAGACACCUGCACUACUGAAUGUCUCUCCCGAUGAAAAAGAAAAGCAUAACUUGGGGAUGAAUAAUACAGAGUCUGAAGCUAAUUCUGACGAUGAAGAGGCUUGUGUUGAAGAUGAGAAUCCUGGAGACUCUGCUGUUACUCAGGAAGUAGCAUAUGGUGGUGAUAAACUAAACCAGGUCACAGUUGGUAUACUUGAAGAUAUCAGGUCCUUGCUUUCUGAGUUGAUAGAUACAGCAUGUGCCCUAACAGCAGAGAGUGAGGAAACCUGUACUGAAGAGAAGUCCGAUUUCAACUGGAUGAGCUCUGUAACCCUGGAGUGUGUGACCCCUCCUGAGAGCGAUGAAGAGAGUUGUACAACUGGCCAGCUUGCCCGUACUGACCCCGGAUUGAUGGUGAAUGAGUAUUUCAAGCCGUGUAGCAUCUUUGGUGACCAAGAGACAGACUCACAAGCCACUUUAAAAGGUCAAAGCCAGCAUCGUUUAACAACACAUGAAAACAUGAGUUCUGAUCAAGUGGAGAUGGUUGAAAUAAGGUUUGUCCAGGAGAAUGGAGCUGGCUUAGCUGCCACGGAUGUUGCAUUGGACUCUAGUUGCAUAGAGUGGACAGAAAUGGGCACGAGAAGUCUAGUAUGUAAAUCCCCAUUGGCUGAAACACCUGCAUCAUCAAAGGACAAUGUUUCCACUGCUUCCAUAUUGUGUAAAGUUGACCUAGGACCUCUUAGUAGCCAUGAAGCAACCACCUCUGAUGGAGAAGGCCAGCUUAGGGAAGCAUGUUCAGAAACCUUGCCUUGUGUGCAAACAGAACUUCAGACUGACUAUUCAUCAGAAGAAUCUGAUUUGCCUAUGUAUGAAAAGGAAAGCGAGAGUCUAAAACUGGGGGGUUCUGAAAAUGCUUUGGAUGAACAGCUGGCCAGUGAAAGAGCCCAGUUGCCUUCCAGAUUGAUGGGGGCUAAUACGGACUUGGCAGAGAAGUCUCCUUCUGUAGGUGGUGACCAAGAACUCUCUGGAGAUCUCUAUUAUAGAAGUCCGUCUGGGAGUCCUCGUGGUACAAGAUUCACUGACUCACCAGGAGUUACUGAGGCUAAUUAUGUCUGUGACUUGAACCCCGAGGAAGAGAUCUGUAGAUGUGGUGAUUGGAUGUACUUGGAAAAUAAGAAGAAGGUGUCAGAUGUUGAGUUUCAGAGUAAACCAUAUGACUGGCCUUUUGUGUUUAGAAAAGACGAUAGGUCCAUCCUGCCCUGUCUCGAUACUGACAUUGAGCCAGGGCCCCUAAAGUAUAUAAAUUUUUCUGUAACCAAGAAGCACAAAGACAAAUCUAGGACUUUUCACUCUUCCAAGAGAUGUGACAGUUUCAUGGGAGAGUCAGGAUUCAUAAACUCCCUCCAUAGGACUUGGGGAGUUGUGGAUGACCCUAUCCAAAACACUUUAGAUAUGGAAUGUUUGCGUUUCCAUUAUAAGCUAAAACAAACUCUAGCCAGUGAGAAGCCACAACUUUCUACCUCUAGUCCUAUCUUUGCAAAAGAGUUUUCACCUCAAGCAAUAGCGGAAACCUUACCAUUGAGAAAGGUACCAGAAGUUCCUGCUUUGAGUCCAUUGCCCAGGAGCAGAAGUCCACUUCUAGUAACGAUUGGGAAUCUGGGCCCGAGGCAGAGUGCCUCACACUGGCACCCGAGACGCAGCAGAUACAGUGACUCACCUGAACCACCUCCAUUUGCUGCCACACAAGACUCAGUUGGUAAAACUGCUAGACUAAAAAGUCAGGGCCGGGGGCCGUUUGUUCCUUUCCACCUCAACAAGUUAACUUACAAUAAUAAGCUCAAAGAUUUUCGAGGAGAUAUAUCGGUCAUUAUGGACGAGUUUGCUGAGUUAAGCCGGGUGAUGAAGAUGGCUGACAAGCAGACAAGUAACAAAGGGAGAGAUCCCAGUACUACCUCAGAAGAUGCUCCGGAGAAAAGGUGCCCACCCUUGCCUAGAAGGACUGCCUCCUACGAGCAGCUCUUCACAGACCUGUGCAGUACACUACAUUUCAAGCUUAAAAAUGUUGCCAAGGAGGCAUGCAAAAAGCCCUACAUGUUCUACCUGGUGGAAAUGGAAGACGAUCCUUUCUUUGGGAGAGUAAAGAGCCUGCUGAAAAAAGGGGGUCACAUGGAAACAGAGCCUCUGCAUUUCCUGAAGGCAAGCGACCCAGAGGCAGACAGACUGAUGGUCAUCAUUAGAAAUGAGGACAUAUUUCCACACGUCUAUAAAAUCCCUUCCUUGCUGAGGCUGAAGCAUCUUCCCAGUGUGACGUUUGCCGGAGUGGACAGCCCCGAGGAUGUCUUGGAUCACACCUCCCAGGAGCUCUUUCACAGCGGAGGCUUCGUGGUGUCUGACGACCAAGUGCUUAAGUCCAUGACAGUCGGUGAGCUGAAGGAGACGGUCAAAACCUUGGAGAAGCUGAACGGCCAUGGAAGGUGGAAGUGGCUCCUUCACUACAAAGAGACCAAGAAACUCCUAGAAGACACAAGGGUAGAGCCUGCUGCUCACACCAAGGACCUGAUCCUGAGAUCCUGCCAGGGGGCAAAUAUCACUGAAGUUCUUCACUACCACCAGUGCGACUCCAAGUCCUCCCCACGAUCCGAGUAUUUGAACUGCUUGUUGAAUUUACAGGUUCAGCACAUCAGCAGGAGGUUUGCUGUGUUUCUCACCGAAAAGCCCAGCAGCCACAGAGAGGCCUUGGAGAGCAAGGGAAUCCUGGCCCUGGAUGUAAAUACUUUCCUUGCAACGGCUGAAGACAUGGCGAUGCCAUUUAGAGGUGGCUAUUGAUAACCAAGAUGGAUGUCUCUCUGACCCGCUGUGAUUGCAGGUGCAGGCACGGAACAAAUCUCUCCUCCUUGUUCUUUCUUAAUCUUUGGCCAUGCACAAUAAAUGUUGCGCAUGCAGA